AUGGACACCGACCGACCACAAGGUGACCCGGUCGACUUGAGUACCGACUGCAUCUUUCCACCACAUGAGAAGAUCGCUGGAAGCCUCGUUGAGCUUCUCCCACUAAAACAAGAGCAUGCCGAUGGGCUCUUUCCAACGAUAGGAGGCGAAGAGCAUCCUUCACUAUACGACUACAUGGGGUAUGGCCCUUUCAACGAUCUCGACGCCUUCCGCUCGCACAUCACGCACCUAUCCAACGGCAAAGAUCCGCAAUUUCACGCCAUUGUCGACAAGGAGACCUCGAAGCUCGUCGGCCAGCUAUCUUACCUUCGCAUCGACCCAAAGAACCGAGUGAUAGAGAUUGGCCACAUCAUGUACUCGCCCUCUCUGCAGAAGACGCCGCAGGCGACGGAAGUGUUCUACCUUCUGGCCAACAAGGCCUUUGAGAACGGCUACCGACGGCUGGAGUGGAAGUGCGACGCAAACAAUGCUGCAUCACGAGGAGCUGCUGGGAGACUUGGCUUCACUUUCGAGGGCGUCUUUCGCCAGCACAUGAUCGUGAAAGGCCGGAACCGUGACACGGCCUGGUUCUCCAUUCUCGACAAGGAGUGGCCGGCACGGAAGAGGGCUUUUGAGGCAUGGCUUGAUCCCAGCAAUUUUGAUCAAGAAAGGAAGCAGGUCAAGGCUUUGAAGCAGUUCCAGGACGCUUACAGCUGA